CAGACCGAAGCCUUGCCACGUUAGCCUCCCACCACCACUUCCCACAGCUCAGUCAGCCGGCGGCUGCAGUCAGGCUCCACAGUCUGUAAGUGUCUCUGUCUGUGGCUGAGGAUUUCCUGCCCUUUGCAAGGAUUCUCUCUCUCUUUUUUUCUGGCCAAAGCAGAGAAAGAGAAAGAGAGAGGAACAGAGAGUAAAGAGGGGAGGAAGACAGGAGGAGGAAGAGCAACAGCGGGCCGGCAGUGACCUUCGUGGUGUGGUGGCACGGCAGAGGAGGAGGAACGGGCGUGGGAUCCAUCAGCUACUAAGAGGUGCAUUUUCCAUCUUUGAUGAGCAGUGAUAUGGACACCAGAUGUGUUGACGUCCAGCUCUCUGUGGGUGUGUGUGGGAUGUUGUGUCAGGGCUAAAGCCCAUCCCUCUCCCAUGAGCCUGUGUGCCCACACACACACCUGGCGCCUCCACGCACGCACCCGGCGCCCACACACGCACAGCCGGCACUGACGCUGUGAACUGGACCCUCAGAGCCCAGCGGAUCCCAGCGGAGCCAAGCGGAGCGGAGUCUAGCCCAGUUGGAGCCUGAGGAUGUCAACAGAGACAGAGCUACAGCCAGCGGUCAGGCCCAGCAGCGUGAGACGGGACUCCAAGAGGAAAGGGCAGGAUCGCAGCGAGGCAGCUCUCAUCAGGCGUUUUAAGGGCGAUGGCGUCCGCUACAAGGCCAAGCUCAUCGGCCUGGACGAGGUCACUGCCGCCCGUGGAGACAAACUCUGCCAGGACUCGAUGAUGAAGCUCAAGGGUAUAGCUGCAGCAGCACGGUCUAAAGGAGAACACAAACAGAAAGUGUUCCUGACCAUUUCCUUUGGAGGGAUCAAGAUCUUUGAUGAGAAGUCAGGGGUCCUUCAACACCACCAUGCGGUCCACGAGAUCUCCUACAUUGCCAAGGACAUCACGGACCACAGAGCCUUCGGCUACGUCUGCGGGAAGGAAGGGAACCACCGCUUCGUGGCUAUCAAGACCGCACAGUCGGCCGAGCCCGUGAUCCUGGAUCUCCGAGACUUGUUCCAGCUCAUCUAUGAGAUAAAGCAGCGAGAGGAGAUGGAGAAAAAGGCCCAGAAAGACAAGCAGUGCGAGCAGGCGGUCUACCAGACAAUACUGGAGGAGGAUCUGGAGGACCCGGUCUACCAGUACAUUGUGUUUGAGGCGGGACACGAGCCCAUCCGUGACCAAUCAGAAGAGAGCAUUUAUCAGGUUCCCACCAGUCAGCAGAAGGAAGGGGUCUAUGACGUCCCAAAGCGACACCCAAACGGACAUCGAAACAACCACCGCAAUCAUCAACCUCAUCAAACCCGUACUCAACCCAUCCAACGAGAACAAACUCGAGAACAAACUCAGCAGAAGCAGCAGCAGCAGCAGCAGUUUGUGGCAGAUCUGAUAGACUUAGACCUGGAUUUGGUGACUCAGAAUAUCAACCAACUAGAGAUUUUUGGAGACAUGUCCACACCUCCUGACAUCACCUCUCCGUCGACCCCCGCCUCUCCAGCCAACACCCUCGACCCCUCGCAGGGCCUGCAGCCUCCCACGGAACUGUUUGCUCCCUUCAAUCCCGCGUCUGUGCCCUCAGGUUAUGUGACGAUGGGAGCAGUACCCCCCGGACACUGGUCCCAGCAGGCAUUUGCUGCCCAGACGCCGUUGGCCUUCGGGGUCCAGUCUCCCUUAGGUCCGGUAGCCCAGGUGCUGCCAGGUGGCCAGCCUCUCAUCUGGGGCCAGGCCAACAUCUUCCCUGCCACCCAGCAGCAGUGGGCAGCCAUGGCAGCCGGAGCCUUCCCCCCCACAGCCUACCUCCCUGCCCAACCUGUGGGCACUCUGCCCGCCGCCAUGUUCCAGACUCUCACCCCCGUCACGACUGUGACUCCAGCCGGCGAGAGCCAUUCAGGUGCUGGAGCCAGCGCUUCGGCUCCCUCCCCUUCAGCGUCGUCGAGUCCGCAGCACGGGGAGAGGGCGAGGAAGAUGGGCAAGGAGAUGUUCAAGGAUUUUCAGCUGGCGAAGCCUCCAGCCAUGCCGGUGAAAAAGGGUGAGCAGCCCAGCUUAGCAGGAACCUCAGAGGCAUUCAGCACUUACUUCAGCCGUGUGGGCACUGCCCAGGACACGGACGACUGUGACGACUUUGACAUUUCUCAAAUGAAUCUGACACCUGUCACCUCCACGACACCAUCCACCAACUCACCACCCACCCCGGCUCCCAGGCAGAGCUCUCCCUCUAAGUCCUCAGCCUCCCAUGUCAGUGACCCUCCCACCGACGCCACAGACCCCCCCACAGACGACUCGUUCGGGGAAGCAGAGGGCAGCCCCAGUCGCAGUGGAGAGGAAGACGCUGCGUGUGGUUCUGGGUCGCCCUGCCCCAGUGAGACAGCAGAGCCCAGCCCAGAACAGGCCAGUCCAGAGGCUGGGAGCUAGAUAGCAGUAGGGCAGGAAGAGGAAGGACCCUCUCUACGCCCAGAUCAACAAAGGGAAGAAAUAAAGAGACACACAGGAAGACAGACCUGACCAGCACUGAGAGAACAGGAGGAGAACCUUCACCGUGUGUGUGUGUGUGUGUGUGUGUGUGUGUGUGUGUGUGUGAGUGUAUGUUUGGCACAUCUCCCCGCCUGGCCAAGCCCUUCUUCUUCUUCUUCUUUUUCUUCUUCUUCCUCUCCUCCUCCUCCUCCGGCUAACAACCUCCCAGGAGGAGCCUCCACGCUCCCUCUGUCCUCCUCCUGUGCUCCUCCUCCUCCUCCUCCUCUCUGCAGUUUGCUCUCCUCCUGAGAGGAGAGAGCCCUCUCGGUCAUUCACUCCAGGCAGGAGGGAUAUCAAUCACCGAGACGGAUCCAGUUCUCCCUCCACUGCGCUGUCUUCUCCUCUUCUCCCUGUGGCGACUCACACCCAGCCUUACAGACAUAUCCUGCUCCUCCCUUCUCUCUCUCUCUCUGUCUACCUUCCUUCUCUCCCUCCCUCCUCCUCUCUGUCCUCGCUCUCACACUCCUCCCUCCGCCUCCUGUGUCUGGCCCAGAGACUGUGCUGCCAAGGAGGGACUGAAUCAAGCAGUGCCUCCCUGUCUCCAACACACACACACACCAACACACACACAUGCACACACACACAACCACGCGCACGCUCAUCGGGAUUAGAACGAUCAUCUUUUUCCUUUUAACUGACUGAAUCUUCAUCUGUAGCGAGGAGAUCCCACAGGAGGAGCUAGACUCUUAGCUGGGGCCUAUCAGGGAUGGCCCGUUAUUGGGAUCGCUGCUUCUGAUUGGCUGGUUGGUUUGUUCGGGCGUUAUCUUCAACGUUCUUUGUGAGUGUCUGCUGGAUCACUAUGCAGAAACAGACUCUCUGGGAGCUACUCACACGCCGACUACACACAUACUGUACACACAGCUUACACACACACACACACACACACACACAGUCAUCGCUCACCCUCUCUAACACGCAUACACACAGUAAUUUGCCAAAUGUCUCUCCUCGCAGACAGACUCGCACAGAGGCCAGAGGACCAGACAUACUGAGGAACGGACCCUGAGAGGGGAGAAGUGUUGCAAGUCAAACAGAUUCUGUGAUCGAACUGUUCAUUCUCUAUAGCUUUUUGUACAAUACCAAUUAAAAAAACAGAAAGAAAAAAAAAAAAAAAGAAAAAGAACAAAUUGAAAAAUGGAAUUUUUAUUUUAUAAGUCAAUCAAGCCGCUGGGGUCAGCUCUAUAGGAGUUAUAGAGUCAACAUGGCUUUAAGGCAUCUGAUCGUUGGUUUGCCAAACUCAUUUUGUAAAUAAUGAUAACAACAACCAUUCUGUCCACCGGACUCCUGUGCCAUAAAAUAGGAAGGCUUCAGUUAUGCAAACUCUUGACGUUUAACCCAAGCAAUACCAACAUAUGUUUUCUUUUUCCUGUGCUCCCGCCAUGUUUCGUCGCCCUCUGAUAUUGUUUCGUUCUCGUGCAUGGAUGUCGUAGGUCUUUGUCUUAACCUCACUUACUAAUCCCGAGUCCAGCUGCACACCUCGCCGCCCCAUUUGUCUUUUUCAAAUCCCACCACCUCCACCUCCACCGCCGCCGCCUCACAUUAUUCUGCAGUUUGUGUUAUCCAAAGCCUUUGUACGCACCGCAGCCCUGUGUUUCUGUACCACAAUCCUAAACUCCAACAGUCUUACUCACUGCAUCCCAGACUGCCCCUCUCCUCCAUCCUGCCUCCCCUCACCUCCAUAACAGUCUUUAAGAUACGGCGAUGCUCUGCCCAUCUGUCUGUCUGUUGGUCAGGUGCCAAACUUGCUGCUGUCCGAGCGUCUGUGUGUGGACUGCAGCAAUCCUCUGCUACAACUCCAUCAACUGUGAUGCCAAUGACUCCCUAUUUUAUGGCCAGAGUCCCCAUGUCACUGGAGAACUCUUUUGGACUAUGAUGUUGAUUAACUUAAAAAUUUGACAACUAGAAGACGAGCAAAGAAGUCGAAUAAAAAGGGAAACGUUGCUGUUUGAGUACAUAACAUUUCUAGACCUAUUUUAACUUUACCUCAGCUAACAGUUUCUUAAUGUAAAUUGACACAUUAUUUUUAUCUUUAUGAAUAUGACAUUCUACAGUGGGUUUUUAGAUGAUUUUUUGGUUCUCUCUUGAUUUACGUAUUCCACCAUGUAUUACUGUUACGAAUAAACACAUCCCAAAUGA